CAUAAAAAUAUAUCCACGAUUGCUAGUGUCUAACUUAUAAUGUGAUAUGAAAAUGUUGUAGCGCCGUGAUGUAAACAAUAAUGGUGCAAAUGCAAGUGAGUGAAUUACUGUAGGUGUCGAAUCCACUAUGGAACAGCAUCGAUAGGGCGCCGUAAUCGUAGUCUCCCCUAUGUAGGAAGAUCAGUCGUUUCUUCCGUAAUCGUGUGAAUUGGCGAAGUCGCAUCAAGCUCAGAAGCUGCGAGACUCCAAAGCCGUCGCUUCCCCUCCUGCAAAUCGUUGUGUGCCACAGUCAUGGGUCCUACGCCAGCAUCCAGAGAUGGCCUUACCAGCCGUGUCCUCCCGCAGAUGAUUCUUUCUGACAAGUCCAAUCCAUUAACUAAACCCCAUACCCCCUUGUCAAGCGACCUCGCAGUCGCAGAAAAGGCGGCGGCGAGGUUUUCUGUCAGAGGCAAUGCGAUCGUCACCGGGGGGUGCGGUAACCUUGGGAUCGAGGCAGCACGUGCCCUCCUGGAACAUGGCGCGUCGGGUGUGUCGCUAUUUGACGUCAAUCCGGCGCAAGCCCAGGACGUUGUUGAUAGGCUGCGUUUUGAUUUCCCAUCGGCAAAGAUCAUUACGAAGAAAGUAGACGUCCGCGAUCAGCAGGUCGUUCAAGCAGCCAUCGCUGAGACUGCUGACGAGCUCGGAAGCUUGGAUAUUCUCCUGUGCUUCGCAGGUGUGGUCGCUUGCAACCACGCCCUUGAUGUCACUCUUGAAGAGUGGAAGAGUACGCUCGGCAUCAAUACGACAGGAAGUUGGUUGUGUGCCCAAGCAGUGGCAAAACAGAUGGUCGAGCAAGGGACAGGCGGUAGCAUCGUCUUCACGGCAUCCAUAUCUGGUCACAGUGUCAAUUUCCCUCAACCACAAGUCUCAUACAAUGUUUCCAAGGGCGCGCUCCUGCAGCUAAAGAGCUCUCUUGCAGCCGAGUGGGCUCGAUAUGGCAUCCGUGUCAACAGCAUCAGCCCAGGGUAUAUGGAUACAGUAUUGAAUGAAGGUCCAGGGCUUGAAGAAGCUAGGAAACUAUGGUACUCGAGAAACCCGAUGGGACGUAUGGGGGACCCGAGCGAGCUGACAGGCGUUGUGGUGCUCCUCUGCAGUCGUGCGGGGAGGUACAUUAACGGGGCUGAUAUCCUUGUGGAUGGUGGCGGAUCUGUCUUUUGA